AUGUCUUUAGCUCACGUCGUUGUGCUUAUGGCUUUAGUUGACACUGGAGGUGCUGGUUGCAGCAGAAUAGACUGGACGGAAAGUUGGAAAGAAACUGGAACAUCAAUGUGUAAUAACCAAAAUGAUAUUAUCUCUGGCUUUUAUCGAGCUGCCUUCACGAGUGAUGAAAAGGACAGUGUAGAUUUAAUAGAAGGAGUUGAAUGUUGUUCGACAAAUUCACCAUGGGACAAAUCAAGAACACAAACAAUGAUUGCUAAUUGGUGGUACUCGUUUAAUAAAGAAAACUCCUGGUCACUCUGUCCUACUGGUUAUUUUCUUAACGGUUUUUUCAGAACGAGAUACAGUGACGGUGGCUAUUUGGAAGACAUAAAAGAGGGACGUUGUUUUAAACCAGCUGACCACCCAACAUCUUAUAGUGACUGUUAUAAACACGACAUUAGGAAAUGUUUUGCUAACAAAGGUUUGUGUAAAUGUAAUGAUGGUUACUAUGUCACUGGUUUGUACAAGGUGAACUGUAAUAGACUUUAUUGUAUAGAGACUUUGCGAUGUUGCAAGCUGGUGUCUGCACCAGAAGUACUGGACGAGCUCUACAAGGUGAAGACACGCAUCAUGGACACUACCAUGCAGGACAUUGCUUAA